AUGUCGAACUUUUUGGGUCGUGUUGGUCAAAUUACUGAGUGGGUAGUUGUAUCCAAUUUGGAAAAUCGAGCAGUCAAUGCAGCAUGCGAUAAAGCUCAAGAUUGGUGGAAAAAUCGAAAGCAACCGAAACAUGAUACAAAUAAGUCAUCAGCUAGUUCAGCAUCUCCACUGCCGCCGCCGCCGCCGCCGCUGCCGCCGUCACAAUCACAAGCGAACUAUCCCAUGCCAUUACCCCAAUAUCAACCACAACAAGCAUCCUAUGCGUCUCCAUCACAACCUGUUCCGACAUCUAUGGGCAGUAGUGAACUGUUAAUUGGUGUGAAUCAAAUCGAUGGAUUAAAUCAAAAUGGUCCCUUAAUUGUUACUCUUGAAUGCAAUCAUCAAAGAUAUCAAGCGCGAUUAGGGCAAUAUCAACAACAAUUUUCAUUUCCUAUUUAUCAAUUUGAUUACGAUGAACUUUUCAUUUGGAUUCAAACAGAAUAUCAACAACAAACGGUUGCAUCGGGUAAUAUUCCGAUACGAGUUUUAUUAAACAAUACUAAUAGUUGGACUCCUCAACAGCAACGAUGGAUUCCAUUGAGAGAUUAUUACAAUGGGCCAGUCGGACAAUUACUUGUCACCAUCGAAUACAAAACAAAUCAUCAAUUAUUCCAACAAACUCCAGCACCUCCUCCACCUCCUUAUAGUUACUAUCCCUGA